AUGGUGAAAAAUAGUGAAAAAAAGGUCGGAAAACUUUCCGAGUAUGAAUUCGUGUUUCCUCAGAAGCCGGAGCCGAAAACGUGGAGGCAGAUUAUCUGGGACGAAAGGGAUAGAAAAUUUUUCGGUCGUACGAAGCAGAGCUGGUUCUACCUAUUUCUCUUCUACGGCGUGUACUUCAUCAUCCUGUUUGCUGUGUUCUGGGCGUGCAUGGAAGGUCUGUUCCGAACGCUAAAUGAUCAGUACCCGAAAUAUCAGCAGGCGGACUCGCUGAUCGGAGUGAACCCCGGGUUGGGCGUUCGACCGAUACCGGCGAACCCGAAAAAGCCCGCAAUCAUACACUUCAAGCCGGGAGGAUACAACGCCGAAAUGGCCUAUUGGGUCGAAAUGUUGGACGAUUUUCUGCAGCCUUACCACAACACAUCAAUUCUUCCUGGAGAAGGUCUUAAUCACAUUAAAUGUGAGCAUGGCAAGGAGCUUCCGCCACAAUCGGUCUGCACUGUGGAUACAGUGAAGUUUGGUCCGUGCAAUCGGGCCAACAAGUACGGAUACAACAUUUCGCAACCGUGUGUAUUUUUGAAACUAAAUCGGAUAUACGGCUGGGAGCCGGACUACUACGAUGACGUAAAUGAACUGCCGGAAAACAUGCCAAAGGACUUGGUCGAGCACAUCAAUAAACUGCCAGCGAACGAGCGUAGACAGGUUUGGAUUUCCUGCAACGGAGUCUAUCCGGCCGAUCAGGAAGCAAUCGGACCGCUCGCGUAUUAUCCCGGCCAGGGCAUUCCAUCGUUUUACUAUCCAUACGUAAAUACCAAGGGUUACCUGAGUCCACUGAUUGCAGUUCAAUUCACGAAACCGAAACGUAAGCAGAACAUGUUCGUCGAAUGUCGCGCAUGGGCCAAGAAUAUUAAAUAUAAAGGUGGUUCCCGAUUACGUAUGGGGUCGGUGCUAUUUUCUGUGUUAGUUGAAUGA